AAAAAAAACGCCAACAUCACUCGUACCCUUAUAAAUGUAGAUUCUCAAUAAUACCCUUUAAUUAUUUAUAUAAUUAUAAUAUAUAAAAAUAAAUAAAUAGAGAUCUACUUUUCCGUUUUCUCUCUCUUCAUUGCCGUUGUUUCCCGCCUGGCUUCGACAUCGCGUUCUCUCUCUUCAAUUUCUCUCAUUCUCUCUCUCCUUCUCUCUGUUCGAGCUUCUCUUCUCCAGCGCAUUUUUGUGGGCAAAUUUACUGUAAAAGCAACUGAAAUCUCCAAGAAUCUCAUCCAACAAGCGUAGAUCUCGUUAAUAGGCAUAAUGGAUGCAUGUGAUGAAAAAAUGACGAUUAUUUAUUAUAAGUCUAGUGGCAAGUGGACAAUAAAUGCGAGUGGGGAUUAUGAAUGGGAAGGAAAAGUUAAAGAUGCCAAGGGCGUGAUAUUCCUUUUUCCUCCGACAGAUUUGACAUACAAACAUCUUGUUGAUGAGUUAUAUUCUGAUAUGAAGGUGGACAAAGAUAAAGCAAAUAUCCAGUUAAGUUAUCUACCGAUUAUAAAAGGAAACAGUGAGCCGAUAUACAUAUCGAAUGACAAGCAAGUGUUUAUUUAUCUCAUGGACAAAAUAAACGGAGGAAGAAGCAUGCUUCACGUGGAGAUUGAAACAGUAAAUUUGAGAAGACAAUGUGGACAAGAAUUUGUUGUGCAAUACAUUCCGGAUUCCGUUAGUGGUGUUGGUAUUGGUGUUGGACCAUAUGGGGCUGUGCUUUAUGCAGGUUAUAAUAACAAUAUGAUUCAGAGUCCUGAUUUCAAGAGUAAAGGUGCAAGUAAUACGAUACAACUUAUAGAUGAUUCGGAUGAUGAGCAUAUUAUUGUUCGAGGAGAAGAUGAAAUGAAUGAAGAACAUGCAAAUAUUUUAAAAGAGGGACAUGCAAUUGAUAUGGCAUGUGGAACCAACAAAGUUGACUGUGGUGACGAAGAUGGUGAUGGUGAGAAUAAGUUGGCUAUGGUAGCUGUGGAGGACACAUCGUUUUCUCUUUCAGUAUUCAAUUUUACGGAUGGAUUGAAUAUAAGUAUUGGUUAUGAGUUUGAUAGUAAGGAAGCAGCUCAGGAAUAUGUACGGAAAGGCGCAGUUAAGGCUUGUUUCGGUUAUGCUACAGUGAAAUCUGACAAGAAGUUGUGGGAAUUAAGAUGCAAGUUUUAUAAAUCGGGCUGUGCUUGGAAGUUACGCAUCGCAGCGAUUCAGAAUUCCGCGCGUUUUAAAUAG